AUGGGCAAGCCUCCUUCACCGUCACCUCCCUACCGGGAUGACCCAGACGCCUUGUCUCUGCACACAACGCUUGGCGAACCCUCCUACCUCGAUCCCGUCGAUGAAGAUAUCCCUGACACUGGAGACCCGCUUCUUCCCUCAUACGACGAUGCCAUCACUGAGGAUACUCACACCAACACCAAUACCAACACACCUCCUCACUUCAGCGACGCUGUACUCUUGAACUUCGAAGGUGAAUUUUUUACAGGCGUUACGAAGCCUGAGGGACACUACGCCUAUACCUCCAAGCGUAUCGGUAAAAAGCGCACCACCAUUGGCGAUGAAGUUGUCGAUCUUCAAGAUGCGCGUUCCGACGCCGAUCCAGACUUCCUGCAGGAGUGGGUAACCAUGAUGGCAAAGCAUCCGCCUACGCCGUACAUCCAUAUCACCGGGACUCAUCAAGAGACCAGACGUGAUAAGGAUGGAAAAAGCAAACGCGAUGAAGUGACCGACUUUAGAAUCAUGAUCAACAUGCAGAACUAUCUUUGGCCCAACUUUUCUCCUGGUAAUUACACCACUACCACGCUUGAGACUGCCGAGCCUGGGCAGAAAACGUACCGCGGAACUGCUCUUAAGAAGAGGCAGGAGGGGAGCAAAGGCGAUAUCGAGGUCGGCCAAGAUAAACCUAGCCUGAAGGAAUGGUGCCAUAGGUAUUGUGCCAAGGCUACCGGGACCAAAGUAUUCCGCCUCACUCGUACCGUUAGCGGCAUGGAUACGGAAGUGCUCCGAGAUUCCAUCUCCGCAUCCAUCAGAUCUACCAACUAUCGAGGCAACAUCACUGUCGAAUUUCCUGUAGCUAAUAGAGCAGUCGACAUCUACUCCACCAGCUUUCUCAACAACUGGCGUCUGACACGUUGGAUCUGCUGGAUAUUCUACCUGACCUUCCUAUGGAUCUUUUCAUGGCCUGUUCUAUUCUUCGCGACCAAGCGCUAUGAAGUCGUCCAAGUCGACUGGGCAUUUUCCAAAUCUCAGCCAGGUGGCCGGAAGAGGUACACAACUGUCAGCGAGGCACAAUGGAUGGACAUGUAUAGACCUGCGAUUAAACAGCUGUGUCUGGAUCGUUAUCAGGGACUUGCAGGAGAUGCUUUCCUGAAUGAGGUGUUGGCUCGGGAACCGGACCCGGUCAAUACUAACGAGGACGCUAGGGCUGCUAUGAGUGUUGCCUCUGCAGCUUUCCAGGGAGGUCGAUUCAAUGUUACUAAUGGUGCGAGGAGUUUGAUGCGUCUUGCUGGGGCUGCAACCGAUCAGGUUGGAUGGGGAUUCGACACUUGA